AUGUCCCUGGGCCACUAUGGGGUCUCGGACCCAAAACCUCACCCGAGGUCCCACUCCCACAAUUUAUCUGUUCACUCCAUUCUGUCUCUUUCGGAGCCUACUACGCCCCCUCCCGUGGCCGCUGCCACAAAAUCGUAUCUUUGGGACUCGCACAAAUUGAACACUGGUGUGGUGUUGCCCCUGUUCAACUUGGGCGACCACCCUCGACAGUUGCCAAAUGACCAGCUCUCACUGGGAGAGCUGGAGUCGUUGUCUUCGUGGAACUCCCACUACAACUCUGCCAAGUUCGACAAGGAGUAUUUGGCCUCAAUUGCCAAGAUCCCCUUGUCGCAGUUGGUGCAAGAGAUCCCACGUUUGGCCAAGGAUCAGUAUGGAUGCCGCUUCUUACAAAAACGCAUAGAUCAGAGUAUCGUCACGAAUUCCCAGACCCGGAAGGCCAAUUUUAGAAUCAUCUUCACGGAGGUUCUGGACCUGUUUUGCGAGUUGAUCAUGGAUCCCUUCGGCAACUACUUGGUCCAAAGACUCACCGAAUACUGUACGGAGGCUGAUUUGGAUUUCAUCAUGGAAACUUUGAGCACUGAGCUCUACCUGAUCUCGGUGAACCAACAUGGAACCCGUGCUUUGCAGAAGAUCAUUGAGAAAAUGAACACCGACUUACAAUUGGCCUACCUCAUGAAGGGAUUGACUCCCUACAUUAUUGAGCUCAUCAAGGAUUUGAAUGGAAAUCACGUCAUACAGAAGAUUCUCAACAAGUAUCCCCCGGAAAAAUGUCAAUUCAUUUAUGACUCAAUAAUUGGCAACUUGUUGGUAGUCGCCACACACAAACAUGGCUGUUGCGUGUUGCAAAAAUGCUUGAAUCAUGUCAACGCUAAUCAACUCACUGCCUUCGCAGACUCUAUUUUGCACUACGAUACCUUUGCAAGACUUGUCAAUGAUCAGUUCGGAAACUAUGUCUUACAAUAUCUCAUUUCUAUCAACUCCAUUGAGGUGGAUUGCCGGCUUUUCCAAAACCUCAUGAGAAUUGGAGUGUCUGAAUUGUGCAAUUUGAAGUUCUCUUCGAACGUCAUUGAAAAAUUGAUGAAAAAUUGCUACACAAAUGAGCCGGUGAGACGAGAGUUCUCCGAGUUGAAAUUCACAAUCAUCGCCCUGAUCUUGACAGCUGAUAUCAACAAGUUCAUCAACGAUCCGUAUGGAAAUUAUGUGGCCCAAACUUUGAUUGAUGUUCUCAUCAACACAAAAGUCACCUACAUCACUGAACUACCAGACGGAACGCAACAGAUUAUGCCUGGAUUGCAAAUCUUGCUCGGAAAUGAACAUUUGGGACAACAAAAUUCUGGUCUGCUCCAGUCUCAGGUAAUCAGAAGGUGGUUUGCAAAUUGCAAAAUUGUCUCAUCCUUCGGGAAACGAAUCCAAUCAAAGAUUGCGACAAUCUUGAACGGAAACCCAAAUCCUUACACGCAUAGAAGAUCCGCUCCACCGCAGGCAAACCAAUUCUUAGGAAGACCAUACAAUCAUCAUAGCUAUGGAUACUCGAGUAAGAAUGAGAUGACUGGUGCACGAAACUUCAACACUGGAAGCUUACAUGGUCCUCAUCUUCGCACAUAUCCGCUUUUGGACGUCACUGCCAGAAAUAAUUUCAAUUAUCGUGCGCAGCCACACUAUGGCCAGAAUAUGAUGAAUUCACAAUUUACAGGUCCAACUCAUUCUCAUUCCAAUUUCAUUCAAAAUGCAUUGCCCAUGAACAAGGCUACCGCUCAGACUCGCCCUCUCGAGUCUAUUUCUUCUUCAUAUGUACCCGGAACAACCACUUUUUCUCCCGAUUAUCAUGUCACUUCUCCAAUUGUUUCAAGAGGCUUAAACAGUGUACCCUACAACACUAUCGGGAACCAAAUUUCAAGCUGUGACCAAGGAACAAUCCUUCCUCUUGAGACUAUAGCAAAAUCCAGAACUCCUUCGUUUGUCGAUAAUGAGAACCUUGUUUCAUCAACAUCCAAUUUGAGUCUCAACGGUCCAACCUUUGGCACGAACUACAAACCAAAUCAUAGUGUUCCUGGGCAAAAUUUACACAAGAGUCAUGGCCGAAGUGCCUCCUAUAAUGCUAUCAACUUGGCAAGCCCUUGGUGA